CGGAUCCUCCACUCGAUAUGGAUUUUUUGCUACUGUUUCUUCUAGCAUCAUCCGCGGUUCUCGUCCAAGGGUACGGGAAAAGCAGCGACCCGAACGACGAGCCGUUUCUACCGAUAUACCCGGUAUACCCUUACAGCCCUAAAUUAAUUAAAAGGGGGACGGAGAAGGAGGCCGUGGCGCAAUUAUCCGCGGAGUUAUACGCGCCGAAAGUCGACGCGAAGGACUCGUACAGCGCCAGCUACAGCGCCGAUCAUCCCCGAGAUUCUUACUACAACCCUAAUUACAACCCCUACUCAAAACUACUCCCCUCGUCGCCCGGUUACGCGUUCUACGGAUCUCUUCCAUACCAUCCCAACGAUCCUUACGCUUACAAUCCUUACUCGAUGCCCCCUCCCCCAUCGCCCUCUUACUCACCCCCUAUCCCCUACUCCUCCUCCUAUCCGAAUUAUUACUACCAAUCCCCCUAUUAUUAUCAUCCCAAUUACUACAACCAGCCUCUGUUCCCACCGCCACCCCUCCCCCCGCCUGUCGCCGAUUAUCAGACACCCGGCGACGCUGCUGGAUACUCCGAGUUGGAGGGCAGCGGAGAGAAGGAGAAGAAGCAGGGCGAGGGCAAGGAUCACCAUCACCAUCAGUUCGUCGACGGGGCGAAUUACAUAUCGGCGAGUUCGAAGGAUCUGGACGGGCAACCGACCACGUACAAGAAUCAGUUGGAACAAGCAACGGGGAACGCGCAGACGACGAUGAAAUAUUUUCCUAUCCCGUUGCCGAGAACCACGUACAGGGUGAUCAGCGUUGGCGGGCAACCGGUGGGCCCUGAUUACCCAUUGCCACCGUCCUACGUGAAAGCUCAGCAAUUGGACGAGAUCGCGAGGGGAAGCCACGAUUCAUGGGUGAAGGUGUUGGCGAAGAAUUUGAGGCCCGAGUACGAGGGGAAAAGUGUGGUCGCGGCGAAUAAUGAUAAUGAUAGUCAAAACGAGGAGGGGAAGGAGACGAGAUACGUGCCUGUUUCGAGCCCGAUCGCCAAGACUGGCCUCGCUUACGUGGUGAAUCCUAGCGUGCUUAGGCAAAAGGUGAACGCUGGGCAAAGGAACAUGGGUCAGAAGACCCGGUUGAAGAGCGUCAAGUAUCCGACCGUGUACGCAACGAUCGAGAAGCCUGACAAGGAUCAAGGUGAAUCGAACGAGUACGAGAAUUACGAGAGCUCGUCCUCGCAGGAUAAUCAGGAUUACGACAGCUCGCUGGCCGAGAAGCAGCAAAGUUACGACGAGGAACAGCCUUAUCAGAAUCAAAAUUACGUUACGCAAACCGCAACGCCUCGGUAUAGCGGUUAUCAGUAUACCAGUUACAGUCAACCGCAGACGAUCACUCAGAGACAAACGCAGCAGUACAAAAGUAAUCCAGAUAGCGUGAAUUUUGGCGCCAAGACGAAAAAGGCGUGAUGGAUUUUCGGAUAGAUGGAAAGGAAGUUUUGUACGAUGGGUACAAUUGUUAUUUCUGUUUU